UACAAAGUACAGACCCAAACAAGUGUUUACGUUCGAAAUUCCAAAAUGGGUCGUCUCUGUUUCAGACCUGAGCUUGCUCUGUUUCUGGCGGUGGCCUCUCUGUUUUAUCUGCAACAAGUUGUUGCGGUUAGGUUUCAUAAUGUGAGUGAAUUGAGAGCAAGAAAACAAACAAGUGGCUGUAAUAUUUUCUUAGGAAAUUGGGUCAUUGACCCUUCUUAUCCUCUCUAUGGAGCUUCAAGCUGUCCCUUCAUUGAUGCUGAAUUUAACUGUGCUAGAAGACCUGAUAAGCAGUAUCUCAGAUACUCCUGGAAACCUGAUUCUUGUUCCUUACCCAGGUUCGAUGGGAAGGAUUUGUUGAACAGAUGGAGAGGGAAGAAGGUAAUGUUUGUGGGAGAUUCACUGAGUUUGAAUAUGUGGGAAUCGUUGGCGUGUAUGAUUCACGCGGCGGUGCCCAAUUCGAAGACAGAUUUUCUCAGGAAACAAUCACUCUCCACUGCGAUAUUCCAGGAGUACGGUGUAACGAUACACCUGUAUCGCACGCCUUAUCUAGUGGACAUAGUGAAAGAAAAAGUGGGGAGAGUUCUGACGCUGGAUUCCAUCGAGGCCGGUAACGCGUGGAAGGGCAUGGAUGUGUUGAUCUUCAACUCUUGGCAUUGGUGGGUCCACACUGGAAAAUCCCAAGGAUGGGAUUACAUAAGAGAUGGUCCAAAGCUGGUGAAGAACAUGGAUCGUUUUCAGGCAUACUUAAGGGGAUUGACCACAUGGGCCAAAUGGGUCGAUCUUAAUGUUGAUCCCACCAAAACUAAAGUCUUCUUCCAAGGCAUUUCUCCUACCCAUUAUCAAGGGAAGGAGUGGAAUGAACCAAAGAAGAGUUGUAGUGGACAACUAGAGCCAUUAGCAGGGUCAUCAUAUCCAGCAGGUCUGCCGCCAGCAGCUACAAUAGUGAAUAGUGUGUUGAAGAACAUGAGGACUCCUGUUUCUCUUCUUGACAUCACUCUUCUCUCCCAGCUCCGGAAGGAUGCUCAUCCUUCCGUCUACGGCACCGACCACUCCGGCAAUGAUUGUAGCCACUGGUGCUUGCCGGGCCUUCCCGACACAUGGAACCAACUCCUCUACGCUGCCCUCACUAUGUGAACUACCGAUCACGUACCAAUGCCUUCGGAGAAAGAUAGAGAAGGAUACAAGAUAGGUCUUAUUAUUUUCUUCCUUAUUCUCUCUUCAUGGAUCAUCCUUAUUCCAUUAUGAGAGGGAAAUUAGGUCUCCCAUCACUUUGACAACAUUUUAAGCAAAGCUUUCACUAUAUGAAUUUACCGUCAAAUUGUUUUAAUGAAAUUGUAACAUGUGGAUGUUGCGGGGUAAUGCAAUGGGGAUUCCUUACAAGGGAAAAAAAAAAAAAUCUCUCCACGUGUUACAAUUUAGUUGAAGAACUUGUUGGUAUAAAGAUAUACUUGAAAAUUAGAUUGAACUUGUUGUUAAGUUUUUUCUUUUCUCUCAUUGAUUGGAGGGUGGAUAUACUAGAAAUGGGUGAAUUGAUUUGAUAUGUUGUAAAAUUGUAGGCUAAUGGUCAAUUAGUCACAGAAUGAUGUUGAACUGUACUGUCCAUUGUUGCACAAUUCAUGUACAAUAAUUUACAUUAAUAAUACUAGUAGUGUGUUAUUGGGAA